ACAAAGUGCCUGGAUGGUCAUGAUUUGCCCGUUAACGUUCUCGCGUUGGCCCCAGGUUACGACUGUCCAGUGUCGGAGGGGAUAUACGACUACGCAGCAUCAGUGGGCGGAGCCACACUGACCGCCGCUCAGUGUCUCGUGGACCAAAAGUGUGAAGUGGCCAUUAACUGGGCGGGAGGUUGGCAUCACGCUAAGAAGGACCAGGCGUCGGGUUUCUGUUACGUGAACGACGCCGUGUUGGGAAUCCUCAAGCUGAGGGAGAAAUAUGAGCGAGUGCUUUAUGUUGACGUUGACCUGCAUCACGGAGAUGGAGUGGAGGACGCCUUCAGCUUCACGUCUAAAGUCAUGACUGUGUCUCUGCAUAAAUUCUCUCCUGGAUUCUUCCCAGGAACAGGUGACCUUUGUGACACGGGGCUGGGGAAAGGACGUGGAUACGCUGUGAACGUCCCGCUGGAGGACGGAAUCAAGGAUGAUGGAUACUACCAGAUCUUUACCAGUGUGAUGCAGGAAGUGCGGGCGCAGUUUAACCCGGAGGCCGUGGUCAUGCAGCUGGGUGCUGACACGAUGGCGGGCGACCCCAUGUGCUCCUUCAACAUGACCCCGGUGGGCGUGGCCAAGUGUCUGCAGUACGUCCUGCAGUGGACACUCCCCACCCUGCUGCUGGGAGGAGGAGGUUAUAACCUGGCUAACACGGCUCGCUGCUGGACGUAUCUGACGGCGUCAGUCCUGGGAAAGACGCUGUCCUCUGAGAUACCAGACCAUGAGUUUUUCACAGAAUAUGGACCUGACUACUCUCUGGAGAUCAGUCCAAGCUGUAGACCAGACCGCAACCACUCCAAACACCUGGACCAGGUCAUCAGCACCAUCAGAGGGAAUUUAAAGAAUGUGGUUUAGGAGCCGACGGCCUCAUUCUUACACACACACACACACACACACACACACACACACUGAUGUGCGGCGUGUUUAAUGAAGACAAUAUGGAGUGAAGCCCGGAGGCACAGAGAGAACGAUGGAGGGAUGAAGGGAGGAGAGAGAGAGAGAGAGAGAAGGUUUUGGAAAAAAACAUUUUCCGUGUGUUUCCAGAGGAAAACAGUUUCAUGUGUUCACCGUCUUUCAUGUGUUUUGUUCAGAAGCUACAGUUUGUGUGUCGGGUUUUCGUUGAAGUUCCCUGUUUGUUUGUUUGUUUUUAAAUAUUAUGGGAUGUGCAGGGGGGUUUGUAUGUGUAUGUGUGUGUGUGUUCUUGUCACUUUUACAUUUUACGGUAAAAACUGAUUUUUCAGGCGUUCACUUUCAUGUUUCACUGUGAUUUUUAAAUCCCUGAGGAAACAUGAGGAGAAAACACACACACACACACACACACAGCUGUAAAAAGACAGAAAA